AUGUUGGACCGCAAAGUUAUUAACCCUUAUUAUGUCAGUCCUUUGGUCUUGGCACAUAUGGGGUUGGAACAGCGCUCGGAUUUCACAAUGUCUCUGACCAUCUCUGAAACAAAUGCAAAGUUUGCCCUUGACUUCUUCCGUCUGCUGAGCAGAGCGCACCAGUAUGAAAAUCUCCUGUGUUCUCCUAUAAACCUCAUAACGUCCCUGGGCCUGCUCCUUUAUGGGACUAAAUCAGAUACGGCAGCUGAAAUAGAAAAGAUACUUCACCUGGAUGAACUUGCAGAGUCUGAACUCUUAGAGUAUUUGGAAGAAACACAAAGCUCUGACCCCUCGGGAAACAAAGUGUCUCACUCUGACAGCGAUAAAGCCAGGGUCCCUUCUGGAUCUAAAGAACGUAAGGAAGCAAGUCCACAUUCUAGUCCUUCAGACAACAAGCAGACUCCAUGGUGUCCACCUUGUGAACAGGUGCCUGAUUAUGUAUGCGACAAACCAGAAGGUGUUCACAGCGUGAUGAACAAAAUCCUUACGGAACUCAACCAGCCCAGCACUGACUAUGAGCUCAGCAUUGCCAACCGGCUUUUUGCAGACGAGUCUAUUUUUUUCUUCCAGAAAUUCCUGUACUGUGCUCUGAAAUUGUAUCUGAUUGAGGUGGACAGAGUUGACAUUCAUAAUGCUCCAAAAGAUAUCCGGAAGCUGAUAAACCUGUGGGUGGAAAUGAGGACGUAUGGUAAAAUAAAAAAUCUACUUCACGAGGACAGCUUUAACAAUGAAGCCGCUAUGCUGCUAGUGAAUGGCCUCUACUUCAAAGGGCAAUGGGAAGUGCAAUUUGACAAAGAACUCACCAAAGAAGCACCGUUUUACUUCAACGAGGUGAAAUCUAAAAAUGUACAGAUGAUGUGCCGGAAAGGCCAAUACAACAUAGGCAAGCUUAAGGGAUCUGAGGUGCAAAUACUUGAGAUCCCCUACAAGAAUAAGACACUAAGUUUGUUCAUAAUGCUACCUAAGGACAGCAAGAUUGAGUCUCUUCAGCAGCUAGAAGACGAACUGACCCAUGUGAAACUUUUGAACUUGGCCUCCACUCUGAAGCCUGAAGAAGUGCGAGUGGUUAUCCCCAAACUCAGCAUCGAGAAAAGGAUUGAAGCCAAUACGUAUUUCCUGGCUCAUCUGACAGAUCCCAAAAAAGCUGACAUGUCUGGAGCAACCAGCACUGAAGGUGCGGUUCUCACUCACCUUUUCCACGAUGCUUUUCUGGAGAUUGAUGAAGAGGGUGGUCAGGAACCAGAGGAGCCUCAGCCUGCCAAGGGCAGGCACCUAUCACGACGUCAACCUGUUGAUUUUGUGGCCAAUCGUCCUUUUAUAUACUAUGUUAUGCACAAUAACACACAAAGCCUUCUUGCCCUUGGUCAAUUUACUAUACCAGAAUAAAGGAACGUUUCUGAUGAACAGGACCGGAGAUCUUUAGCCCCCAGUGUGAGUGGGGAAAAAGCCUACAGAAUUGACUAUAUGGUUAUUGGAUUAGAUUUUCCCACAACUGUGUUCUGGCGCCUUUGAGAAUAUUUUGGAAAUGCACUUCAUACUGAUCCUUUGAUGCCGCUUCACAUACCACUACAGUGAGCAGGAGGAAACAGGCAGGGGAGCCACAGUGCAAUAUGGU